GACUCAGCUCUGCUAAGAAAAGCAGGGCAGACACCAGGGCAGGCAGGCUUGGCAGCAGUGCUGGAGCAAAUCUCUUCCCCAGAGAAGAAGCUAGCGGGUAGCAGACUAUGGAGCUGGCCUCAGCACAUGGCCACAGAGGGCAGAUUCCCUGGAGGGGACUGCUGCUCACAGCCUCACUUUUAACCUCCUGGAGCCCUCCCACCACUGCCCAAGUCACCGUUGAAGCUGUGCCUCCCAUCGUUGCUGAAGGGAAGAACGUCCUGCUACUUGUGCACAAUCUGCCACAGACAUUCCAAGUCUUUUACUGGUACAAUGGAACCACCACUACAGAUGUUAACAAUGAAAUUGGGAGAUUUGUAACACAAACUAAUCAGAUCACUAUGGGGCCUGCAUCCAAUGGCAGAGAGACAAUAUACACCAAUGGAUCCCUGUUCAUCCAAAGUGUCACCAAGAAUGAUGAGGGAGUCUACACAUUAGAUAUAAUAGAUCCAGACUACGAACAUAGCUAUCCGCGUGUGCACUUUUCUGUACACGCCUCACUUUCAACCUCCUGGAGCCCUCCCACCACUGCCCAAGUCACCAUUGAAGCUGUGCCUUCCCAAGUUGCUGAAGGGAAGGACGUCCUGCUACUUGUGCACAAUCUGCCAAGGGCAAUCCAAGCCUUUUACUGGUACAAGGGAACCACUGCAGAUGGAAACAAUGAAAUUACACGAUUUAUAAGACCCAUCAAUAAGAGUAAAAUGGGGCCUGCACAUAGCGGCAGAGAGACAAUAUACAGCAAUGGAUCUCUGUUCUUCCAAAAUGUUACCAAGAAUGAUGAGGGAGCCUACACACUAUUGAUGCUAGAUCAAAACUUUGAAACCACCCACAUAUCUGUGCAAUUUUCUGUACGCGCCUCACUUUCAACCUCCUGGAGCCCUCCCACCACUGCCCAAGUCACCAUUGAAGCUGUGCCUUCCCAAGUUGCUGAAGGGAAGGACGUCCUUCUACUUGUGCAAAAUCUGCCAAGGGCAAUCCAAGCCUUUUACUGGUACAAGGGAACCACUGCAGAUGGAAACAAUGAAAUUACACGAUUUAUAAGACCCAUCAAUAAGAGUAAAAUGGGGCCUGCACAUAGCGGCAGAGAGACAAUAUACAGCAAUGGAUCUCUGUUCUUCCAAAAUGUUACCAAGAAUGAUGAGGGAGCCUACACACUAUUGAUGCUAGAUCAAAACUUUGAAACCACCCACAUAUCUGUGCAAUUUUCUGUACGCGCCUCACUAUUAACCUCCUGGAGCCCUCCCACCACUGCCCAAGUCACCGUUGAAGCUGUGCCUCCCACCGUUGCUGAAGGGAAGGACGUUCUUCUACUUGUGCAAAAUCUGCCAAGGGCAAUCCAAGCCUUUUACUGGUACAAGGGAACCACUACAGAUGGAAACAAUGAAAUUGGGAGAUUUAUAACACCCACUAAUAAGAUCACUAUGGGGCCUGCAUCCAGCGGCAGAGAGAAAAUAUACAGCAAUGGAUUCCUUUUCUUCCAACGUGUCACUAAGAAUGAUGAGGGAGCCUACACACUAUUGAUGCUAGAUCAAAACUUUGAAACCAACCACAUAUCUGUGCGAUUUUCUGUACACCGUUGAUAGGAACUCAAGAACACUCUUACCUGUCUCGGACUACCGGCCUUCUAUAGUGGACUCUUUCUCAUUCGGACCAAAGCCACAGAGGACAUGUAAAUAUGCACACAAUGCAUUUCGUCAUAGCAAUGAAUAACUGCAAUGGUGAAUAGCUGAGCUUGCUGAAACUCAUCCUGUGUGAAGGCAACCAAGCUGCUUAAGAUGCAAGGUCAAAAAGUUAAAAGCAACGACAUCAUGAUUAAUGGUCUAAGCAUUGGACUAAUUAAAGUGGUCUGCAGCAAUGUCCAGGUAUCUAAUCCAGCUGCUAAUUGGCGAACAUCAAGCACAAAGUCGGGCCACCAGGUAUAUGGGGGAUGGUUUUAAGACCUGAUAGAAAACACCUGCUCUCCAGUAAGGGUGGAGACUACACUCUAGGUUAACUCAGCUGGCUGAUAGGGAUUUUGAGCCAUCUUCAUCAUUGGUAUCAUCAUCAUUAGAAGGCCCAGGAUCUGGGUCCACUUGAUGGACCAAUCUUUCAGGCAGCCAUCGGGUCCAUUCACAGACAGAACCUUGCCCUCAUAUUAAUACAGGGUCAGGACCAUUCCAUGUAUUAGUUAGUGUGGGUCUGGCCAUUAACCAUGGCAUAUGAACUGGAAGUGACUGGAUGCCAGUGACAAUCUGCUGCAGACUGGCCUUUAGCAUCAGUUUGCAAAAAAAUUUAAAGCAAAUAAGACAAAAGCAAGGUGUGCUUUUGGUGACCUUGGAGGGUAUAAAUCUCCCACUUUUGUUUUUAAAAGCCAUUUUUUUAGAGUGUGAUGUGCACAUUCAAUAAUUCCUUGUCCCAUUGGUUUAUAAGGAAUUCCAGUUUCAUGUUAAAUACUAAAUUACUUAAAAAAUGAUGUAAAGUUGUUUCCAGUAUAAGCUGGCCUACUGUCUUGAUGACUUUAGGUAAGCCCACAGCAUUGAAGACUUGUAAGCAAUGAUCAAUUACAUUUCUAUGGGCUUCUCCCAUAUAUAGAGAAUCAAAAAGGAAUCCUGAUCAGGAUUAAUACAGAUAUGUUUAUAUUUCAAUUUUCCAAAUUCUGUACAAUGAGUUACAUCCAUUUGCCAAAAAUAAUUGGGCAUAAGGCCUUGUAGGUUAACCCCUAAAUGAGGAACUGGAGAUAAUGUAAGACAGUCAGGGCACUGUUUCACAACCAUUCCAGCCUGUUCCCUAGUGAUCUUAUGUCAGAGCCUUAAGGUGCGACUAGAGAAAGGGAAUUUUUUAUGAUCACAUCUAGCCAAUGCAACAGGAUCCAAAACUAAUGCCUCUCCUAUUAGAGCUCUGUCAAUGUAAUCAUUGCCUGCAGAUAAAAGUCCAGGAAAAUCUGAAGGAGCUUAUAUAUGCCCAAUAUAAAGGGGAUUUUUUUUUUUUUGAGUAAGAAUGAUAUUUUGUAGUUGUGAAAACAGAGAUCUGGCUGGUGUAGUGAAAUGAAAUGUACCACAAGUUUCCAAUAGAGAAACAGACUGAGCCACAUAUAGACUAUCAGUAAAAAGAUUAAAAGUAUCAUUUAUAGACUGAAAAACAUUCAGUAGUGCUGUCAAUUCUGCUAGCUGGGCAGAGAGCCCAGGGGUCUCUGUGACUACUUGUUGAUUAUUUAUGAGAUAACCCGCUUGUCCUUUAGAGGAGCCAUCAGUAAAAAUUAAAAGAGCAUUAUGGCCAGGCAUUGGUGGAGCACGCCUGUAAUCCCAGCACUUGGGAGGCAGAGGCAGGCAGAUUUCUGAGUUCGAGGCCAGCCUGGUCUACAGAGUGAGUUCCAGGACAGCCAGGGCUACACAGAGAAACCCUGUCUCGAAAAAAAAACAAAUCAAAAAAAAAAAAAAAGUAAAAUAAAAUAAAAUAAAAACCAACAACAAAAAAGAGCAUCAUAUGGAGGUUGUAAAGAUGUCAUAUUAGGAAAUGUACAUUUAAAUUUUUUACCAGCCUAUCUUGAGGGUAAUGAUUAUCCAUAGUGCCUUUAAAUCCUAUUUGAGCAAACAAUCAAUCUGUACUAUGCUGCUUUAACCAAGUAUUUUGGUCUACAUUAAAAGGCUGAAUAAUGA